GUGACCGUCCGGGAGGCCAACAUGGCGGCAGUGGCGGUGGCGCUGCUGCUGACGGCGGCGGGGGGAGCGGCGGCGGCGGCGGGCAGGAGGGUGUCCAUGCAGUACAACCCCGGCUGGAACAGCUCCUCGGUCAAUCUGCUCCAUGUGCGGGCGGUGGGGCCCGCGGACACCCUGCACUACGUCUGGAGCAGCAUCGGAGCUCCUGCUGUGCUCCUGGUGGCUACGGAGAGCGGGAGCAGCUCCUUGCGUGUCAACUGGAGUCAGCUGCUCUCCCCGACUCCAGCGGGCGCCGUCUGGAUUGACCCUCCCAGCAGCGUUGUCUACUCUGCCGCCGUUGUCUUCACCAAGGUGUUUGAGUACAGGGAUACCAAAGCGCCAGAAGAGCUUUUCUACCCCACUUAUGACCUCUCCGACUUCUCCUGGGACAGCAUCAAUCACACCCUCAACCACACGGCGCUGACGGCCGAGUUCAGAGGCAUCCCAGCGACUGAUCCCGGUGGCAGCUUCUCCAACGGCAGCGUGGCAUUCCGAGUGACAGCCUACGAGGCCGGUGGCCGGGAUGGGCCCCUGCCCAGCCUCCUGCACACGGCGAACAGCUCGAAAGUGGAGUUUAUCCUGGCUGGGGUGGCUCCACGGGGCAACAGCUCUCGGUUCACGUUGGAGGUGGCCACGGUGGAGGAGCUGGAGGUGGCCCAGAAGCUGCGCUCCGUGCGUUCCAUCGACGACGAGUACACUCCCACCAUCUUUGAGAUGCUCUCUCUGGUUGCCGAGUCGCAAAACGACAGCUCCACGCUCGGCUUCCUGCAGUGGAAGGCAACAGCCUACGGCUCCCAGACCCCGAGACGCGAGGACGGCAUCCGGUGCCGCUCGGAGAGCCUGCGAGCAGCCAACUGGACGUUGCCCGUGUCCAGCAUUGUCCGAGCCUACUUUGGGGAGGGCGUUGGCAGCACCUACACCGUCAGUGCCAUCAACAUCUCCUUUGGUGGGGAGGAAGGAGAGGUUUACCAGGAGAAACGCUACCUCAGCUGGUCAGCGCUGCUGGGCUUUGGGCAGCCGCCCAUGGACACCUUCUCCCCGCUUGUCAUCUCCAUCAUGGCCGUGGCUCUGGGCACCCCUGUCCUGAUGCUCCUGGUGGGCACCUGCCUGGUCCUCUUUGCCCAGAGGAAACGCUACUCGGAGUACGAGCCCAUCAACUGAGCAGGAUGGACCCCGGAGAGACCCCCGGGAUCCUUCUUGUCACUGCUGGAGGGGCUCCAACGCCUGCUGCCUCCUCUCUGUCCUCCCCUCCAUCCCUGAGGUCCAGGAUCAGAAGGGACCAGGGCAACACGGGCAACACUUGCCCACAUCCCAAAUCCCCCCAUCCUGCUUCCGAUGACACUUCUUCCUCUGGUUUUGCCUCAUCCACCCAUCCAGCCAAGGGAAGCGAUUGGUUGGAGCUGAUCGGGAUCGCCUUGAGCUGUGGAGAGAUCCUCCUUCUCCUAAGGGAUAAAACCACUGUUGGGGCUGUUCCCCAUCCUCUGCUGCUUCCAGGGUGGCUCCAACCCAGGAGCGGGGCUGGAGGAUGGGGCUGGAGGAGAUGUGCGGGGUGUCCUCUGCUUCCCGCUGUGCCGGGAGCAUCCCAGAAGAGCCUCCCUCAGCCCCACUGGGGCUCACGGACUCCUCAACCCCAGUUCUUUCUGCUGCGCUGCCCUCGGUGAGGGUGCAAGAGGGAAACCCGGGGCUGCUUGAGCUCAGGAACGUCCUGGCAGCUCAUAAGUUGCUGCUCCAGACUCGUUUUCGGUUAUCCACAGCCUUUGGCUCUGCGGUGCUGGCUUGGAAUUGCUCUCCCGGUGCUUGAAGCCGUGGUCUGCGGCUGCUCGGUGUUGGCAGAGGCUCCGCAUCCCUUCGGGCUGUGCUGGGCUUUCACCGUCUCCAUCACUGACUUCUCUUUGACCAAAUAAAGUGGAUUUCUAAGAGCAGUUUC